UCUCAAGCAGAGACAGACGAAGAGAAGAACCAGGAACGCUACAGGGAGUUCACAGAGUUACUUGAGAAGUGCUGUGACGAAGGCAUUUGCUUUUGCAAGCAUAAGUUGCCCGAGAACUACGGAAAGCGUUGUCGUGUGCUAGAGCGCAUCAUGCGCGAAGCCAAAGAGCAGCCUACUCUUUACUCAUCCUGGUCGGUCGAGAAUCUCCAGACUGAAGUCAGAAAACGCAACAUCGCUCUGCCCAAAAAACGCUCUAAGGCCGGCCUUACCAAGCUCUUACAACAAUCUGAUUCUUCACGCCCUUUCCGUCUCAUGCACUUGCCUGUCGAAGUUCGCCUGCGUAUCUACGGUAUGGCCUUCGACGGUGGUAGAACUGGAGACUUGGAUGCAAGCUCCCGUGCUGAUAUCGCCGAGCCUGCCCUCCUCCGAACAUCUCACCAAAUUCGUGAUGAGGCUACUGCGGUCUUCUACGGCACACCCUACUUCCGCUUUCAUCUGCCA